AUGGAAAUGGAUGCCAAGGAAAGCAAUGGUCAAACAUACGGCGCUUGCUCGUUCAAAAGCUUGCUCAUAUCUACGGUCCAGAAAGGGAACACGAACAAAGCUAUGCAUCGAAAUCUUAGAAGUAGAAACACAGUUGAAAAUCCCAACCAGGGGCUGAUACCCUCGAAGGCAACCAAAACGAAAGUCUUUCCGAGGAGAAAACGAGGAGAAAAAGAGAGGAAUAGUCAAAAAUCCCUUGUGCUGGGUCUCAAUGACAUUAAGAACAUGUUCCACAUGCGGCAAACGGAAGCCGCAGCUUUCCUGGGAAUCUCAUUGACAGCCAUGAAGAAUGCGUGCAGGAGAGUAGGCGUGUCGCGCUGGCCUUACUCGAGGCACCGACCUCGACGAGUCUCUCUCAAAACUCAGACGUCAAGUCAUGUUCACGUCAAGAGCACCAUCGUCAAAGCCGAACCUGCGACAGCAAAAAGCUGCAGCGAUGAAGCCUCUAGAGACGAAAUGUGGGAAAACGAUGAAGCACUUGAUCUGCAACUCCUUUCUAACGAUACAUCCUUGGACGAGCUGCUGGGUGUGGAAGAGUCUGAAUCCUUGCAUUCCACCCCCUUUGACCCGGACGACCACGACGCAUAUACAAGCGCUGGCGAAGGCGUAGAUCUUGACGACGACAGCAGCAACGCCAGAAUUAAAUGGAGAGGUUGUGUCGAAGAGCAGGAGGAGUGCUGUCCAGAAGAUAUUGUCCAUUAUUUGCAUGCUCCAGGACAGGAAACUCUAGCUGAUUGGAGGGACGCAUUUCGAGAUACAAGCAAUGAUUCCGAAGAUUUAGAGAGAAGAUUUUAUGAAGAUGCUUUUCCCACGAUAGUCUGA